AUGCUGCACCUGAACAGCUCGUGCAUAUCGGACAUUGAGCACAUCGAGCGAGCACUGAAGAGAAAAGAUUACGAAGGAAUAAAGACAAAUGCAGAAAUAAAAAGUGUGUUUGAAAAUUUGGGGGAAGCAUUUAAAAAAUUUAGUGACUCUCUGAAGAAAAUUCACUCGGAUGGAAAUGCCAUAAUUGCAAAUAUAAGGAAGAGACACAGAGAGGAGGGAGAUUCGGAUCGGGUCUAUUUCGCUGACUGCUUUGUUAACGUCGUUACCCUUGUGCACAAUUUGUACGAAGAAAAUUUAUUCAUCAGCGAGAAGAUAAAGAAGGACAUAGUCCUGGAGUUGGAAAAGGAAGAAGCCGAGAGGGUCCAAGAAAUCAGUUCGAUUUAUAAAGAGGAAGACGAAGGGUUAACUACACUAAAUGGAAAUCAAGGUGGAGAGAAUCGGGAGGAUGGACUCUCUACUGGAGAGAGGUGGGAAUGCCAAACAGGCAGUGCCGGUCCACAUGACCAAGGUAGUCAUGACCAAGACAGCCAUGACAAGGGGAUCAUCAUCCAUGGGGGCAAAGCAGAAGGGUUACAUAAGGAGGAUUACACACAUGACAAGGAAAUCCUCGUAGACGGAAUUCCACUCAGACAAAUAGAAAUAGAUUUGAAGAGGUGCCUAGAAAAUGAACACUUCGCAAAAGAGUACCUUAACAACGAAAAGUACAAGAAGCAAUUUUCAGAACUCGACAAACUUAAUAUAAAAUUGGACAAAGAAAUUGAAGCCUUUAAGGAAAUCCUCGACAAAUUUGGGAAGAAUGCCAAUAAACUGUUAAUCAAUAAAUCUAAGGAAAGAAUAAAUUCCAUUCAAAUUAGGAAGAAAAAUAUUUUGGAAAUUCUGUAUGAUAAUAUAAAGGAGCUCCGACAUAAUAAACGGAGCAUGCGCUGCAGCAUUAAGGACUUGGAGCAAUACGUGCAGGAUAACGACUGCAGGAGGAAGAAGUGGCAGGACAGAGAGCCAGGGAAAGAGGGAAAGGGAAGGGGGAACCAAAAUGGGGGGGUCACAAAUGAGGAAGCUUCCCCUCCCAGUUGGGCGAACCAAAAUGGGGGUGCCACAAAAGAGGAAGCUUCCCCCCACAACCUGGGGGAUCAAAAAAAAAAAACACUGAAAAGACUAAACCUUGAAAAAUUUGAAAUAAGAGAAAAAUACAGAAUCGAAAAAAUAUACGCCAGCGUAAGGGGUUUCAUAAAAAUUCUCGCAGUGGAACAUAUCCACAUGAACACCAUAUUGCACAAAGGGGCAUGUGAAAUUAGCUCGUACGACUCCCUCAUCGACUAUCAAAUGUGGUUAAGCCUUGUCCUAAGAAUGAACGUAGACAUAGCAGACUUGCAACAGAAAAUACCAAAGAAUGACGUACUGACUGAGGAGGAACAAUUUAGGCUAAUGCCACAUCGGGGGGAUUCCCCCCCUGGUGGUGUGCAGCACAUGUCUGAGAAAAAGAGAAAAACGAAGGAGCAAAAUUUUCGGAGCGGGGAAUUGAUUUGCGGUGAGAAGAGCUUGCCUGGGAGGGAGGCGGAAAGGAAGGAGCAGAAGGACUUGCGACACGGAAGCGAAGCGGAAAGGAAGAAGCAGAAAGACUUGCGACACGGAAGCGAAGCGGAAAGGGAGCAGGCCGAACAACCACCACGAGGCGACGGAGCUGCUUCUCCAAGGGAUGGUCAAUUCCCCGAACAGUUCUACAUCCCGGUGAUAAUAGAAAGAAGGAGUACCUACAGAUCAGAGGACGAUAGCACACCGAGUGGGAAGGGAGAGAGUGGAAAGGGAGCGAGUGGUAUGGAAGCUUCUGGGAAGGAAGCUCCUGGGAAGGAAGCUCCUGGGAAGGGAGCGAAAGGGACUAGAAAAACGCGAGAGGCACAGGUGAACCCAUUCCUAGGUGAAAAAAAAGAUGAAGCAUGUUUAACCGGUAAUCCCCCCCCAAGGGAGGAAAAGGACAUUUUCUCCUUCCUAACAAACAGACAAAAGGAGUGCGAAAAAUAUAUGCUACAAUUCAACAGAGUAAAUAUUUUAUCGACCAUGUUGAGUAGGAGGUCUAAGGACAAACGAAGGUGGUAUGAUCAGGACUUUUUUCAAAGUUAUUUCUUCGAAGAGGGACAUUCCUUUUACCCAUUUAAAAUACCACCCGGUAUUAACAAUUUUUCUACUUUCGAAAAAUGGCGCGUAACUGCCGCUUCUCCAAGGGUUCCCCUCUUUGAGGAGGAGGAAGAAAUGAGCGAAUAUGAAUACAAAUUGAUAGCAUACGAAUCGCUUCUCCUAGUGUAUUAUUCCCUGUCGACCCAUCUCAACGGUUACUUCCUGUUCGACAUGUCUAAAAGGGACAAGCUGAACAAAGAGGUGUAUAAUGAAUUCUGCGAAAGGUGUUACCCCUUGCUGGAGACAAUCCAAGGAGGGAAAAAACAAACAGGUACCCAUGCAGAAGCGGCAAAGGAGGAAGGAUACAAUUUUACACCAACUCGUAGUAGUAACAGAAGAAACACACUAAAGGACCAUUUCGAAUACGUAGAGCAUAUUUACAAUGUGAAGUUGCAAAAUUUAUUGUUAGUAAAAAGAAUCAUAAGCAUUUUUAGAAUAAAACUGAACCUAAAUUCUAAAGCUAACGAUUUGAUCACCUUGCUUACUAUCCCUUCACAUUACACAAAUUUGGGUCAUACAUACUCCUUCCACGUGUUAGAUGUCCGAUUCAGAAUAAUUCGCAUAAUGGAUAGCUUAAACUUCAACCAUGUAUCUAACGCUGACGUAGAAAAGAAGAGAAAAAAAACGGAUCCCAUAGGAGAGGCACACUGCAACGAGGAAAGUAACAUCUACACAUCAUGGCUCAAAAGACAGUUGCAACUUCUCCACAUCUCCGUGUACUUUAAAUUUUAUACCUUCGUUAAGUUCGUUCCAUUUUUUGACUCCCACUCGGAUAGCUACUUAAAAGACGUGAUAGAUCAAUUCGAAAAUGAUGAGGAAUAUUUUAGCUACCUGAGUAGGGGGUCAGGGGACAACCCCUUUGUCUCCUACAUGCGGAAUGUGCAAAAGAGGAUAAAGAAGCUGCACAGAUUUGUGUUACACCAAAGGGGGGGUGCUCACCACCAUGGGGGGACAACCAAAAGGGGAACCCCAGCGCAGCCGAGGGAAUGGAAACCACGGCAGGGGAAAACGGAUCAGAGCAGAGCAGAUCAGAGCAGAGCGGAUCAGAGCAGAAAUGAAAAUCCGAACUUCAUCACCUUCAAGUCGCUACGAAGAGACGAGCAAAUAAUCUUUCUGUGCAAUCUGCUUCUAAAAAAUUUGAUAAAAUCCUUUCGGUUAAUUUAUUUGCUCAAAUCACUUGUGAGGGAGGACAAUUGGAACACAGGGGUCUGUGAUGAAAAAAAAAAACUAGCCAACUUGGUUAAGUACUUCACCAAAAUAGAGUAUUACGAUUACGAGGUGAGGAAGAUAGUCAUAGGCCACUGUGAGGAGGGGGGCCACUGUGAGGGGGGCCGCGAUCAUCCGUACCAGGACGAAUUACAGAGUAAACACCCCAGGAGCGAAUCCGAAGGAGAGCCCAAGGGGGGGUGCUCUCCCACGUGUGAUAACCAAAAUGUAGACCACGACGAGUUGUAUAAGGCCAUUUUCAUGAAGGAGUUUUCCAAGUUGGUACACACGGGGAAGACUCAUUCCAUUCAGGGAACUCGCCCCAUCCAGAGCUCUCACCCCAUCCGGAGCGCUCGCCCCACCCGGAGCACCCGCGCCGUUCAGGGCACAACCCCAGCGAACGAAGCACGACUCACCCGGAGAGAAAAAAAAAUAAGAGGCAAAAUAUUUUACAAACUAAACAUCGAAACGAUUCUCUGUUCCAGCUGGUUCAUUGACAGAUCGCUGCUCCACUUCUUCCUAUAUUAUUACAUUUCCUGCGUUAUUGGCACCAGCGAAAAGACCAACAUGUAUGCUGACAUGCCUUACCUCAUGCAGGGGAUCAUGCUGGUCGUUUAUUACCUCCAAGCGGGUAACGAUUUAACACUGAAGGGGAAGACAAAAGGGUUCAACGACGGAGUAGAACCCACUCCCAUUCCGAUAUCUACCUUCAUCCUCUACCUGGGCAUUCAUCUGUUUUAUUCCUUUUUCGACAAAAAUAUGUUAACGGUAUGUCCAAAUGAAGACGAUGGAAAAGUGAAACUUUUUUUGAGCACCAAGUCGGGGAUCCAUAACGAUGAGAAAGAAUCGAAGCGGAGUCAGAUGGAGAGCUACUUCCCUGCAGUGACCCCUGCGUCAAGGAAGAGCCAAAUUAUUACCGUUCAAAAUGCUAGCCAGUUUUACUAUGUUGUAAAGAAUUUCGAGUCCAUUUUGUCCUACAGAACGGUUAGCCAAAUGGACAUUAGGCAUGGAGAAAAGGGGACACUAGGUGCAGAAAACUCAGAUGCAGAUCUAGAGGCAGGUAUAGAGGCAGAUCUAGAGGUAGCCAUAGCCCAGUUGUACGCAGACGAUUCGUCCGGCCAGGAGGCCAAAGAAGAGCCAAACCACAUGUCCAAAUUUUCCAAAAAAACGUAUCUCUUAUGUGCAACUGUUCCGAACGACCAUGACGAGUUAAAUGAUCCCAAUUCACAAGACAACCUGUUGCAGAAAAAAAAAGCGGAAAAGAAACACCAAAAUGAGUUGAUCUACCUGAAGCGCUACUGCAAUAUUUUGUUCCAUUUCAAUUAUAACCACCUGGAAAACUUGAUCAGUCCGUACGUUCCCAACGUCCUCUCUCUAUAUAGGAAGGACGAAUUAUACUCGAAGGAUCAUUUUUUUUUUGAUUGGUACAUGAAUGAUGGUUGCAUGAAGAAUGAAGGUUGCUUGAAGAAUGAUGAUUGCAUGAAAAAUGAUGGUCGCAUGAUGGUGCACUUCGGGGGGGAGGAAACCACUAGGCAUGUCCGUUUCGGUGCAGCCACCCGAGGGGAAAGCAAAAGAGAGGACUCGCUUCAGAUAGAAUAUCGAGGAGGUCACCCAGGUGCUGACAACGAGAGGGGUUCCAACACCACAAACACCGUGUAUGACAAACAAAACAUCCCGAUGAGAACAAACGGAGAGGUUGAAAAGUGUCAGAAAAGGGACGCUUCUACCAAUACGAGUAGUACUCUCAUUAUCAGGUAUAGAACCCAUCAAAAGGCACACGCUAAUUUCUCCCUCAUAAAUCUGUCUAGAAUUGAAAAAGUAAUGACGGACAUCCUUUUGAUGAGAAUGAUUAGUUGCGAUUUUAGAGACCACUACAUCCUCCUCCUUUGCAAUUACAGAAAAUUUAUUGAUAUGUAUUCUCUGCCAUAUGUGUUAGAUGUAUUUGUGAUGCUGCACAGAUUCUUCACUCUCAAUGAUAACAGUUCGGGUGAAAAAUCAAAUCGGCUCAAAUUUCUUCACGGGGUAGGUACUAGCCGUAUGCGCCAUGCGCGCCUGCGAAAAAAACAAGAACGCAAUAGAACUCUCUUUGAGCAUUCUUGCAACGUUGUUGUUGAGGAGGAGGAGGAGGAGGAGUAUUUGGACGAUAAAGAAUGCCAUACUGGGAAGCGAAGAGAUGGUAGUUCUCACAUUUUUAUCUCCGAGGAGGUGAUAAAGGGGAGGAAACCAAAACAUACUUCUUACACACAUGGCGCAAUAAGAUCCGCGCACGAACUAUCCAGCUUCUUCAAAUUUUUCAUCUUCAACACAGUGAAGAAUAUUUUCUUCAACAUUGUGUGUAUCGUUAGGGAGGAUAUAGAAACGAGCGAGAUGCUAAAAAAAGGGGAAAAUGGUCACUCGGAAAGUGGAGAAGCGGUGCAUGGGUCAACUGGGGAGGAGACAGCCGGUCCGUUUCUUCGCGCGAAGAGGGGGUCCCCAGAAGAAGACGCGAGUGAAAGCGAUAGAGGUGGUGGAAGCGGUAGAGGUGGUAAACGGGGUAGCGAUGGUGAUCCCGGCAGUGGUGCUGAUCCCGGCAGUGGUGCUGAUCCCGGCAGUGGUGCUGAUCUCCUAAAUUGCACCCCCCCCGCCGUCCAGGACCCCUUGACGAACCAGUACGUAGACAUCAUAAACAAGUACAUCAACGAAGUCUUCGCAGAAAUUCUAUUCUUUUCGAACAUAUGGAAAGAGUAUCUCUCUCCGGAGGAACACCCACUCAUGGUCCUAUUUGCAGCCAACAGGACGCUGUACUAUGAGGUUUCAAAGUUCAUAGAAAUAAAUAAGAAUAACAACGAGGUUUUAUUUAGUCAGGCUCUAUCUAUCGUCGUUUCCUUGUACAAUUUCAAUCUGUUGAUUAAGGAAAUUGUGCUACAAACCAACACGUACGAGAGGUACCAGUGCCUGGUGAAUGAGAAGCCGCUCGGUGAUCGCGGCGCCCGGGGGGAGAAGGAACCCCCCGUGGGGGACAGCCAAGAUGGAGGCGCCGCCCCCGUCGCGGAAGACGCGCAGCGCACCAGCUCCCCGCGGAGGAAGAUGCAGAACAAAAUUGCGCACUACUACGAAACGAGGAACUCGCUGAGGGGGAGCGCCGGGGAGGAGAAGCAGAAGGGGGAGAAGAGGCAGACGGGGGAGAAGAAGCAGACGGGGGAGAAGAAGCAGAUGGGGGAGAAGAAGCAAACUGGGGAGAAGAAGCAAUCUGGGGAGAAGAAGCAGACGGGGCAGGACCAAACGGGGCAGGACCAAACGGGGGACUCGCAGGACCGGUUCAUAAACCUCUCCCUUAUCAUCUCCAACGCAAACGACCCAUGCAUGGUGAAGCUCAUGUUCAAGCUGGAGAAAAUAUUUAUCCAAAUUAUGGACCAAAAGCUAGAGCAUAACAAAAAUUUGCUCUCCGAAUGUAUAAGAAAUGAAAAAUUAAUUCCACUCAAUAGUCCAGAAAUUAUGUACAACUCUACAUCUGUCGAUAUCUUCUCCAUAAUAUGGAGCAUUUUGGAUGUCCUCUUUGAAUACAAAUGUCCAGUAGAAUGGAUCAUCACACCAUUUGUUCAAUUCCUGAAUACUUUUAUAAGUGACUAUUGUGAAAAUUACAAGAAAAAAUACACAUCCUUUAUCAUAUCUGUGAUGAAUCAGUAUGCAGAUAAGUACUUCCAGGAGUUACUGAACCUGACGGAGCAGCAGAAAAUUCAGUGGGAUAAAUUUUCUAGUAGUAAUAUAAAAAGGAGAAAUAGAAAAGAAGGAAAUAAGGGAGAGGACGAAGCAGGGGGGGGGAGUAUUUUUAAGCACAACGAGUUAGAUAUGCUUGACCAGGAAGAGAAAGAGGAACAUGAUGACCUCGUCCUGUAUAAUGAAAAUAUCGAAAAUGAAUUCAAAGACGUAAAUGAGAUCACAAAACGGAUUAAACAUAAGAAAAGGAAAAAAAACGUCCUUUACAAACUGUUUGACUAUGACGAGUUAGACGUUAAUGCGAUAAAAAACAAAGUGGGAGAAUUCCUGGAAGAUAUUAAUGACCUAUCUGUGAAGGUCUCCCCAUUUCAGAGCAACAGUCCAUCCAAGGAGGGAAGAAGGGAACCUGCCGAGGGGGAGACACAGCCAAGCGGUACCACCCAUUUUAAUCCCUCCAAUCAACCGAAUGAUACACCCCCCAGAGAGGAAAAAAAACCAGGCGCCUACCAUAGCGAUGAUCUAGUAAACAUCAUAGACGAAAUUAACCACCUCUUUAACAACUCUGAUAUGUCCACCUCUAUGGUCAUCACAUGGAACCUGUUCUUCUUCCAAGAGCAAGUGAUCCUCAUUCAAAAUAAAUUUGAAAAAUAUAUCAUGGACUAUGUAGCUGCCAGGACACAAAACGUAGACAAACUAAGUCGCAUAUUCAAUAAUUACGUAUCAUUCGACAUAACUCUUCCCUUGUUACAGAAAAAUAUAUACACAAAAACCAUUUUAGAUAUCCUGAACACUUCGAUAAGUAACAUAAGAGAUACACUAAAAAAUACACUCUACUUUAUUUUCAAAGUGUUAUCUAUCCGAAUUGUUUGUUAUGAGUUCCAGCGAGAACUUUUUUUCAACUUGUAUGAGGAGCCAUUUGAUAUGAACAACAUACAGAGUAUCGUUAGUAUCUUCCCCAACACAGUGGAGAAAUUUAUCCUUCAAAUUCCGGAGUCUUUUCGCAAGAGCAUUCUGACUGUAUUCAUCGAGCUCUUCAUAAAAAUGUGGAUGCUUAUCGUGGUAGAGAAGGGAUUUUCAAAUUAUAUUUUUACCGACAAGGACAUACAUUUGAUGAAACGGGACAACCAGUGCAUCCGGAAGUACAUGCAGGAGAAGGGUAUAGAGCUAUGCCAUUUUUUUCUCACCAAAAAAUAUGACAUCACUGAAUAUAUUGACACCUUUUUCGAUUCGCUUUAUGCGGACCGCCACUUGUUUGUGCAAAUUAUCUCGGAGCAGAAGGAGCGCAGGCCCAAGAAUAUCAUGUCUUCGGCCUACAACAAGGGGAUCGCUAUAAUAACCGGAAUAAACCAGCACAUCCAGGAGAACCUGUAG